CGUUAUCCGCGAGUUAGUCUAGUAUUGAAGUGAGCAUUAAAAGAAGGGAGCAGAGUGCGGGCUACUCAAGUAGUAGAUAUGAGAUGAGAUGAGAUGAGGGUGCACAUGUAAGUGAGUUUUUUUUGCCACUUCCACUUGAAAGCAUUUUGUCCUAACACAAAGGACAAAGAUUGGGUUUGCUUGAUAUAGCAAAAGGUGAAACCUCAAAGCAACCACAUUAUUUUUUCCAACUUGUUCAUUCUAUAUGCCAUUUCUGACCAGUUCACCACAAGAACCCAACUCAUGCCACCACCAGCACCACCACUUCUUUUUGGGACUCCUCAAAACACACACAAACAUCGAGAUAAGGAGGAGGAAGAGAAGAGAAAGCAAGUUGGUUAUGUUGUGUGUUUGUUUCAAUGUUUCCCAGUCCCACCACCAUGUUCCCCUUUAAUUUUCUCUCUGGGACUGUGAAGUACUUGUGACCCCUCUCUCUUGUCAAGUGGGUCAUGCUUUGUGGCCCCUACCUCUUCCCACUUGCUCUUAGUCUCUGCUGUCUUAGCCUCUGCCCUUUAAUGUUGCUGUCUUCACAACUCUCUUGUCUCUUCCAUUUUUGUGCUCUGAUUCCUUCCGCACACAGAAGCAAAGAUCCAUUCUUUCUCCAUAUGGGGGCUCAGUGAUUUUGGUUUCCCUGCUUCCUAAAGGUGGUGAAUGGUAUAAAACAUCUGUUUGUGUUUCUUUUGGAAUAUUUCAAUCUUGUCUGGUUAGUAGGAGACUGCUCUAGUUCAAUUCAAACCAUCUGGAUCGCCUUGAUUUGGAAACGUGCAAAGCCUGUUGAUUGGAGCUGUUUUUUGGAUUGGAAUAUCUUGGUUUUUUGGAUUAGGAGCUGUUUGCCAAAAAGGGGUUCUUUGAAUAGUUUUCUAGGUACCAACAGGUCAUUCUUUGAGACUCUAGAGAGAUUCAUGCUUGGUCAAAGAACUCAAUGGAGAGGCUUCCACUUCUUUAGCAUUCAGUACUCUAGCUCAAGGAAAAGAUAUGAAGAACAUUCUUAAGAAGCUUCAUAUCAUGUCUAAUCAAUCAGAAGAUGCACAAGGGGUUACUUCAUCAAAGAGCAACAAGUCCAGUGAUGGUUCAUCUUCAUCCACUACCCCUAAGAAGCUUUCAAAUUGGUUACAUUCAGUUUCUAAUAGGCAGAGUGCCAGUCCUCCUUCUCCCAACCUGGCUAGAGGAGAAAGAAUGGAGCCUUAUGAUUCAGUGAGCAGUGGUGGUUUGGAUGUUGUGUUUGAUUCAGCUAGGCGUGAUUCGGAGUCUAGCGCUUCGAGGGAUCCUGAAGUGGAAGAGGAAUAUCAGAUACAACUGGCCUUGGAGCUGAGUGCAAAGGAGGAUCCUGAGGCUGUACAGAUUGAAGCUGUUAAGCAGAUCAGUUUGGGACCUUGUGACCCUGAUAAUACACCAGCUGAAGUUGUGGCCUACCGUUACUGGAAUUACAACGCUCUUGGUUAUGAUGACAAAAUCUCAGAUGGUUUCUAUGAUCUGUAUGGGAUCUUAACCGAGUCAACAUCUGCAAGAAUGCCUUCUCUUGUUGAUCUGCAACGAAUAACAACCCCAGAUGAUGUCACAUGGGAAGCAGUCUUGGUCAAUAGGGCUGCUGAUUCCAAUUUGUUGAAACUUGAACAAAAAGCCAUGGAGAUGGCAGCCAAUUCAAGAAAGGAUUUUGAAGUAAGUAAUUUGGUACACAAGCUUGCAAUGAUUGUGGCAGACUAUAUGGGUGGAUCAGUUGAAGAUCCCGAAAGCAUGUCAAGAGCAUGGAGCAGUCUUAGUUACAGUCUAAAAGCAACCCUAGGUAGCAUGGUUUUGCCACUUGGUUCACUGACCAUUGGAUUGGCUCGGCAUCGUGCAUUGUUAUUCAAGGUUUUAGCUGACAGUUUGGGCAUCCCAUGCCGAUUGGUGAAAGGACUGCAGUAUAUGGGUUCCGAUGAUGUGGCAAUGAACUUUGUCAAAAUUGAUGAUGGAAGGGAGUACAUUGUUGAUCUAAUGGCAGCUCCUGGAACACUUAUUCCAUCUGAUGCAACUGGAUCACACAUUGAGUGCGACGGAUCUUCCCUUGCAGCCAGUCCUUCAUCAAGAGAGCUUGAUUUGUCUCGUAUAGCAUCGUUCAGCAGUGGGGUUGGAAGUUCAUCUGAAGAAACUUCAGAGCCUGUGACUCUGGAUAAGGAAAAUAAAUCAAAGCAUUUUGCCUAUGCAGGGAAAGAAUCAAUUGAAUCAAAAAGUAACCCCUAUGCAGAGAACAUGACAGUGAAGGAAUCCCUUAGCAGACCUAAUUAUCCUUAUAUGCAUGGAAGAUCUCCUUCUUGGACUGAAGGGAUCAGUUCCCCUGCAGUGCGUAGAAUGAAAGUCAAAGAUGUUUCCCAAUAUAUGAUUGAUGCUGCUAAGGAGAACCCUAACUUGGCUCAAAAACUUCAUGAUGUUUUACUUGAAAGUGGUGUUGUUGCACCUCCAAACUUAUUUUCUGAAAUUUAUCAUGGGCAGUUAGAUACCCCAACUGAACAAAAAGAUGAAAACAAACAAGAAACUAAGGCUGAUGACAAUCUAGUUCCUGCACGAUUUUUGCCUCCUUUGCCUCAGCAGCGAGUUCAUCGCAAAGCAACUCCUAUCAGUCAGCUGGAGCAUUCUAAGCCUGUAGAUGGCUUAGGAAUUGGCCUUCCUUUUGAUGCAGGAGAAGCUGCUGGACAGCACUUAUCAUCUCAGGCAGAAGCAACUCAGGUAAAGUAUGGGAAAAAUGUCCCAGUUGCGGCGGGGGAUUUGGAGAUCCCUGUACCACCAGCUGCUACUGCUACUGCUGCAGCUGUUGUAGCAACCACUGCUGCUGUCAAUAAGCAGUAUGAGCAGGGCCGUUGGAGUGAUGGUGAUGAGCCAAAGGGUAGUGGUGAUGGAGAGCACAAUGCUAUAGGAGAAAACUCGGAAGGCGAGAGAAAAUCUGAUAGAUCAGUAAGUAAUGACAGCACAAAAUCUGAUGAUGAUGUUGCCGAGUAUGAUAUUCCAUGGGAGGAAAUUGCGAUGGGAGAGCGCAUUGGACUUGGAUCAUAUGGGGAAGUGUACCGUGGUGAUUGGCAUGGGACUGAAGUAGCCGUAAAGAAGUUUCUAUAUCAAGAUAUCUCUGGUGAAUCACUUGAAGAAUUCAAAAGUGAGGUCCAAAUAAUGAGAAGACUUAGGCAUCCAAAUGUUGUUCUCUUCAUGGGAGCUGUAACUCGGCCUCCAAAUCUGUCGAUUGUUACUGAAUUUCUUCCUAGGGGGAGUUUGUAUAGAUUAAUUCACCGACCUAACAAUCAAUUGGAUGAGCGAAGGCGGUUGCGGAUGGCCCUUGAUGCUGCUCGAGGGAUGAACUAUCUGCACAACUCCACUCCAGUGAUAGUGCAUCGUGAUUUGAAGUCCCCAAAUCUUCUUGUUGAUAAAAACUGGGUUGUAAAGGUUUGCGAUUUUGGCUUAUCACGAAUGAAGCAUAGUACAUUCCUUUCUUCCAGAUCAACUGCAGGAACAGCUGAGUGGAUGGCUCCAGAAGUGUUGAGAAAUGAACUUUCAGAUGAAAAGUGUGAUGUUUUUAGCUAUGGGGUCAUACUAUGGGAGCUCUGUACUUUGAGACAACCCUGGGGAGGAAUGAAUCCAAUGCAAGUUGUUGGUGCUGUGGGUUUCCAACAUCGCCGUCUUGACAUUCCAGAUGAUGUAGACCCUGCCAUUGCAGAUAUUAUCAGACAGUGCUGGCAGACCGAUCCAAAGUUGAGGCCUACAUUUGCUGAAAUCAUGGCUGCUCUGAAGCCGUUGCAGAAGCCAAUUACUGUUUCUCAAGUGCACAGACCAAGUGCUCAGUCAUCCCGAGUUGCUGAAGACCCUGCAGGAUAGGAGACAAUUAUACUACUAACAUUUUGUUUUUCAUUUUACUGCUAAAAAUGUGAGGGCAAGUUGUAGAGUAUUUACCAUUUGAGAUUGACAAAAGUGAUUGGUUAAAGACCAUCCGCUAACUUACAUUCUCAUUCAAGAUUUCACUCCUUCUGUUCCUUUGUUUUUGUCCCAUUUGUUUGUACAAAAUUCUUUGGAAAAUGUUGUAAUCAGUUUGUUGUCCAUAUAUAGUUAUGGAAAGUUGCAGCUGUAAUUUGAACAGAAGAAAAAGGAUUAACGUUAAUUGAAAAUUGCUUGCUGCUGUAAUUAGUGACCAUGUAAAUUGGGUAAAUGUAUUCAAUUUUCUGUGA